UGGGCAGACGGCGCUCCCCGUCUACAGCCCCGCUUUAGUACCUCGUCCCUUCGCUGAUAGGCUGAGAAGUAGGUCUCGUCUGAGCAGCCAAUGACGAGGCGAAUCGAAUUCUGACCAAUAAAACCAGGCUAUUGAGGAAUGGUGAUGCCUUUUAUUUUGCCCAAUGAGAGUGAACAAAGCUGAUGCUUCAUUUGCAUAAGGGGGCUAUAAAUAAGUGGCACAAAGUCGAUCACGUCACUUCGCUUCUGCCCGGGACGUGGAGCUGUUGUAGUGAUUUGUGGCAGACGCACGUUCGCAGCCAUGCCCGAGCCGGCCAAGUCCGCGCCCGCGCCCAAGAAGGGCUCCAAGAAGGCCGUCACCAAGACGCAGAAGAAGGGCGACAAGAAGCGCAAGAAGAGCCGCAAGGAGAGCUACUCCAUCUACGUGUACAAGGUGCUCAAGCAGGUGCACCCCGACACGGGCAUCUCCUCCAAGGCCAUGGGCAUCAUGAACUCCUUCGUCAACGACAUCUUCGAGCGCAUCGCCGGCGAGGCCUCGCGCCUGGCGCACUACAACAAGCGCUCCACCAUCACCUCGCGGGAGAUCCAGACGGCCGUGCGGCUGCUGCUGCCUGGCGAGCUGGCCAAGCACGCUGUCUCCGAGGGCACCAAGGCUGUCACCAAGUACACCAGCUCCAAGUAAAUAGCUGCUAGAAAUACUGUAUAACCCAAAGGCUCUUUUAAGAGCCACCCAACUUUUCAAUAAAAGGGCUGUACAGUCAACUGAGAACACU